UUUAAAAACAUAAUAUUGUCAACAGUUUUGCCGAACGCACGUGCUUUGAGGCGCUCGCAUUAUUCGAUUAUUUGUGUGUUUUCAAUAGUUAGGUUGUUAAAAAUGACUGAUUUUCGCGGAGACGAUUCUGAUUCCAGUUAUGUGUCUUACGACGAAGAUGAUGAGCUUCGUGAAGCGCUUGCCAAAGGUCUCCUGAAGCCGGGAUUGAAUGUGCUAGCCAAAGACAAAGAACAGCCAGUAAACAAUCCGGCUAAGCUAAGAUCUGCUUUAGAAUCCAUAAUUCUAAAAGCCCCAUGGAUAGAAAGGAUGGAUUUGGUCAACGAUUUGGCUCCUCUUACACCGGAGCUUGCCAUACAGAUAGAGAAACAUGAGCAGAAACGCGAGAACCAGUUUAAAGGAAACAAAAAGAUUCCUUACGUUGCACCAGAAGUGGACCCCGUGUUGAACGAUUUCAAGCGAGAAAUUUUGUUCCAUCGGCAAGCGCAGGCAGCCGUUGUGGAAGGUAUCAAACGACUUCAUGACUUGGGAAUUGUUACCAAGCGACCGGAUGACUAUUUCGCGGAAAUGGCCAAAACAGACGAACACAUGCAGCGAGUUCGGAAGGUACUGCUAGAUAAGCAGGAAGGUAUUGCUAAAUCCGAACGAACAAGACAACUACGCGAACAGCGUCGCAUCGGAAAGCUGAUCCAGCGGCAAGCAACUGAAAAACGCGACGAACAGCGACGUAAAACGCUGAGUGACAUCAAGAAAUUCCGCAAGGGUAAACUGUCCAAUCUGGACUUCCUGGAUGACGACGAGGAAGCCCCAGCCGGCGGCAAGAAACGAAAAGCUAGCGCAAGGGGAACCAAGCGACAAGUGAACCCCAAACGACAGGCUAGGAAUGCCAAGUUUGGCUUCGGUGGACGGAAAAAGGGAUCGAAGAGGAACACCAAAGAGUCGUUCCUGGCCGAUGGUCGCAAAAAGAAAUCCGGUCCUGGUGGGGGAGGUGGUAAACAGCGGCUGGGUAAAAGCAGACGAGCACAGGCGAAAAAUAGGAAAUAAUUGUCUGCUUAUAGGUUUUAUUUCUGUUAAUAUAAUAAAUGCUUAUAUCAAAAAUA